AUGCUUACAAGUAGAUCUCUUCUCACAACACGGACAUCUACACUUUGUACCAAGUUCCGAACUCCUCCUCAGCUGCAACGACUCAACCGAUUCGCGAGCAUGGCCAAGAUUCAUACUCCGAUUCCAAACCUCAAGCUGAACGAUGGCAACAGCAUUCCCAUGCUUGCAUAUGGCACUGGAACUGCGUGGUACAAGUCUGGUGACGAAGCCAAACUUGACCAAACAUGCAUCGAUUCCACCAAAACUGCUAUCGGCCUGGGCUACUACCACCUGGAUGGUGCCGAGAUGUACAAGACGGAGACGGAGCUGGGAACUGCAAUCAAGGAGUCUGGCGUCUCACGAGACAAGCUCUUUGUGACUACAAAGGUCCUAACUAACAUUGCCGACAUCCCCAACGCCCUCAGAACUAGCUUGAAGAAGCUGCAGAUUGAUCAUGUAGAUCUCUACUUGAUCCAUUCGCCUUUCUUCAGUGAAAGCAAGGCGGAACACCAAGCCAAGUGGAAGCAGAUGGAGCAGCUCAAGAAUGAAGGACUCACAAAGUCGAUCGGAGUCAGCAACUACCUGCCUGAGCAUCUCGACUUCAUCCUGGAGACAUGCACGAUCCCGCCUGCUAUCAACCAGAUCGAGUUCCACCCAUACUUGCAGCAUACAGAUCUUCUUAAGUACCACAGAGAGAAGGGCAUUGCCACCGCUGCCUACGGUCCGCAAACUCCAGUGACCAAGGGCGCAGGCGGACCUGUAGACGACUACCUGAACAGCCUCGCCAAGAAGUAUGCCGUCAGCCCAGGCGAGAUCUGUUUGAGGUGGUGUGUCGACCAAGAUGUGGUCGCUAUCACAACGAGCAGCAAAGAACAGAGACUGUCGGACUAUCUUCGGUCCAUGACAUUCAAGCUCACGCCAAAGGAGAUUGAGCAGCUCAACGAGCUCGGCAGCAAGAAGCACCUUCGAGGAUUCUGGAACCACAUAUUCGCCGAAGAUGACCGGCGAUAG